CGGCAGCUUCUCAUCUCCGGCAGCCUCUCGUCUCCGGCAGCCUCUCGUCUGGAAGAGCAGAAGAAGAAGUAAGGGACAUGGACUCCUGCGCUCUGGAGCUGCUGGCCAUGCUGCUGUUCGUGGCGGCGUGGCUUUGCGUGUUAGCAUCUACCCUCCUGCCGCAGUGGCUAACCAUGUCCACCGCCCUACUGCCGGUGGAGAGCUACGAGCUGGGCCUGUGGGAGACCUGUGUGGUGCAGGACGUGGGGGGGAUGGAGUGCCGGGCCUACGACAGCCUGCUGGGCCUCUCCAGAGACCUGAAGCUGUCUCGUAUCCUCAUGUGUGCUUCACUGGCCGUGGGCGUGCUGGGCCUGCUGGUGGCGACGCCUGGACUCCACAUGGUGAACAGCUGCAGGGGGGGCCCCAAGAGGAUUUUGACCAGCAUAGGGGGGGUGCUGGGGGUCGUGUCUGGAGUGCUCUGUCUCGUUCCAGUGUCCUACAUGGCACACUUGGCCGUCAUGCAUUUCUUUGACGAUAAAGUGCCGGAUGUGGUUCCUCGGUGGGAGUUUGGAGACGCUCUAUUCAUCGGCUGGGCGGGGGGGUUCCUGCUGGUGGUGGCCGGGCUGCUGCUGGUCUCGGCCUGCUGGUAUUCAUCGGGGGGGGGAACUGAGCCGGCGCUGCAGCGCAGGUACCAGGUGAUGAGCACUGACGUGUCCUUCAAGAAGCGAUCCGAGUACGUUUAGAGGAAAACGAAUUACCUGCACCAGGAACACCACCUGUAGACCUCUAGACCUGUAGACCUUCACCGUGACCCUCACCUGUACACCUCUAGACCUGUAGACCUGCACCAGGACCACCACCUGUACACCUCUAGACCUGUAGACCUGCACCAGGACCACCACCUGUACACCUCUAAACCUAUAGACCAGCACCGGGACUACCACCUGUACACCUCUAGACCUGCACCGGGAUCACCACCUGUACACCUCUAUACCUGCACCGGGACUACCACCUGUACACCUGUAGACCUGCACCGGGAUCACCACCUCUAGACCUGUGGACCUGCACCGAGACUACCACCUAUAGACCUGCAGACCUGUAGACCUGCACUGGGACCAACACCUCUAGACCUGCAGACCUGUAGACCUGUAUACCUGCACCAGGACCAACACCUCUAGACCUGCACCGGGACCACCACCUCUAGACCUGCAGACCUGUAGACCUGCACCAGGACCAACACCUCUAGACCUGCAGACUUGCAGACCUGCACCGGGACCAACACCUCUAGACCUGUAGACCUGCACCGGGACCACCACCUCCAGACCUGCAGACCUGUAGACCUGUAAACCCCCACCUCAUUCUGCCUCAGAUAAUGAUGUAAAUAUCUGGCUCCUGUAUAAAGCUGAUUAUCACGGACGACUGAAUGACGCUAAAACCAGACGUUUUAUAAAUGACUCAUCUUCACUUCACCUGCUGUGACCAGAACACAAAUGAAUAUUUUUUUAGAGAUGUUUUAUGAAAUCUUUAUAUUCCUUAGUGGCUUAUUGGCUUUAGGAUCUUUCUCUUAUAAUAUUAUUUCAGUCUAAGCUUUUCAAAUGCUGUGAUUGAGUUAUUCCUGAACAUAGACCGUAUCUUAGAGGAGCAGCUCAGAUGAUCCACAUAAAGAGCUCAGAUGAUCCACAUAAAGAGUUAUUAUAAUAUUAAAA